AUGGACGAGGGGAAGGUGGCAGCCAUUAAGGACUGGCCAACACCCACUACAGUGAAGGAACUCCAACGUUUCCUUGGCUUCGCUAACUUCUACAGAAGAUUCAUCCAAAACUACAGCUCAAUCACCAGUCCACUCACCAGCCUCCUCCGCAACAAGCCCAAGUCUCUGUCCUGGUCCCCAGCAGCCACUGAAGCUUUCAACAUCCUGAAGCAAGCCUUUACAACCGCUCCUCUCCUUGUACAUCCCGACCCAGACAAACCUUUCAUCGUCGAAGUGGACGCCUCCACUACAGGAGUUGGAGCGGUACUCUCGCAGCAGCAGGGGAACUGCUAG